GGGAAAAUUCAACACCGGCUUUUGCUGAUAUUGCAGAUACAUAUACAUAUUUUAGCCACACAAAUUUCUCAUUUUGCCGUGUGUCUUGCAUUGCUAGUAUGGGAAGUAAGAAAAAGAUCGUCCCUGAUUCAAGACGCGCAUGGAUGACACUGUGUGCGGUGAUAUUUUCGUUAUUCGCGAGCGGUGGAUUACAGAUGUCUUUUGGGACGAUUCUUGGCGCGCUCGUACGAGAAUUUGGCGAGUCUAAAAGCAAGACAGCUUGGGUUGGAACACUGGCAACAUUCUUUAGCAGUGCCCUAUCGCCAAUAACCAUCUUCCUGGCACAAAAACAUGGAACCCAUAUUACACACUUUGUUGGAGGCGCCUUUCUAACUGUUGGAGCAGUGGCUACAUCUUUGGUGACCACAAUCAACUACAUGUAUCUCACAUACGGAGUUCUAAUUGGCAUAAGCGGCGCGUUAGUCUACGCCCCAGCUAUGUCAUCCAUCCCAGAAAUCUUUGCAAAACACGUUUCCAUAGCAACAGGUAUCGGUUCUGCGGGCUCAAUGAUGGGGUUAAUAUUCUUCUCGUUUGUAUUACCCGAGCUGCUCGACGGUCUUGGGUGGCGCAAAACAUUGUGGUGCUUGUCCGCUAUAGGACCGCUGAUCAGCGUGAUCGGGUUUGCUCUUCCGAGGACCGCAAUUGCAACGGGUAGCGGUAGCCAGGAUGAGAAUGUGGAACAAAUGACCCAAGAUCCUUGGUGGAAAUCAAUUAAAAAGAAAGCGUAUAUAUUGUUAAAUAUUUCUGUCGUUCUGUUCACUUUGAUCGAUUUUGUUCCAUUAUUCAUUGUGCCUUUAUGCGCAACGGAAUCAGGAAUGCCGGUGGAACAAACGAAAUGGUUUAACAUCGUUUAUGGCGUCGGCAGCCUUAUUGCCAGACUAUUCUCUGGGCCCAUGACGGAACCGUUGUUACGUCGAGACAGGUGUAAAUACCUCCAACUCUUUUGUCUAUUCGUCUACAGUUUGUUAUCGUUCCUUGCGUCUCUGACCAUCAAGUUCGAAUACUUGAUGUUGUACAUGAUCCUCAUUGGGCUACUGAACGGUAUUAUGGCCAACCUGUUCUUCCUUGUUAUCCUGGAGGUGGUCGGUCUCGCUGGAUAUCCGGCAGCGUGUGGGAUAAACUUGGCGAUGUGCAGUGUCUCGUACACAACAGGACCACCGCUAGCAGGUCUCCUUUAUGAAAGUGUUAACGAUGUCAAAUACCUUUUGCUAACCGUAUCAGGAGUAACAUUUUUGGCCGCGGUUGUCAUGGCGAUGGUACCGUGCGCGACACCACGUCGGACAUAUGCCCUACAUCAAAGUGACUAUGACUUUUGGCGAGUAUAUUGUCAUAAUCCCAACAUAAGUCCCAGAGUUCCGAGACAAAGUAAGGUGUUUACAGUAAGCGAGUCGGCGGUCGAAUGUCGGGAGAACUUUGGGUAUCAGGCAGACAAACAACAAAUGAAGGUGAAAACAUUGGCAGAAUCUGUAUCAAGGACGGAGCUUCUUGGAUCGAACGCAAACUUUGCUUGACCAUGAUUGUCACUUUUCAAGUUCGUAUUUAACUCCCGGCUCUAUUUUUAUUACACUCGGCGGUUUAUGGAUUCAGAACUUUAGAAAUUGACUUCCAAAAGUCACACCCAAGCACGAAAAUUAACGGAAUUCUGAAGUAAUCCUGGUUGGAAACUGCAUGUCACAGCUGCGAGUAACUUAGCUGGUUCAGCUGAAAGCUGUGGCCUAACAUAUAGAAUGCAAGCAGGUCACACUUUUAGCUGUAGAAAGAUGCCAUUGAGCUUUAUCCUUCAGUAAAAGCUGCAGAUCUACUAAUGAAAGUCUUUCGAGAAAGGCACAGAGAGACAGUAGCAAUCAAAUACCUCAAUUUAAUAGGCCUAGCUGCUGAUAGGCAUAUAAGGAAAGAGUGGAGAAUACAAAAAAAACAAAACUGCAAGCUCUACCAAACUCGGUUUAUUGGUAGGAUUGCCAUGUGUGAUAGAGCAUGUAAGGGAAAGGAAAUCUGAACAAUCAACUGCUUUUCUGUUGAUUUCCUAUUACAUGCUUCUUAUGAAGGGACUGCUUAUAAUUUAAUCAGUGGUAGAGUAAUAUUAUUAUUUUUGGACCUGUGUGUGAAGCUAGUUUCUCUUUCUAGGGUAUGUUAUUGAGUGUAUUAUGUACACAGCUGUAUAAACUUGGGGAAUUGAAGUUAUCUACUCUGUUAAAUUUAUUCAAAAACAUACACCAGAAGUAGAAAUCAGCUUUAUGAGAUAUCAAUCAAUAUGUUAACAUUAUUUAAUUUAUCUGGUAAGGAUAUUUCAGGCAUGUAAUGCAUCUGUAAUCAUCACUGUCCAAAGUGUAUAUAUAAUUAGCUAUAAAACCCAGCAAAACCUUUACUUUUACUAAUUCUAAAAUGUGACGCUACAAUACCUACACGCCUAAAAACACUGAGCCUGCGGUUUAUCAGCACGCUCGUUUUUAGGCGUGUAGAACCACAGAUUACCUAUAUAUGGUAGAACUGUGGUAGAACUGUGUAGUGCAGAAGUGAGGCAGAUCUCUGAUUGGGAACACCUUUCUGAGUUCUGACUCUGAAUAAGGUUCUUGGGCAGAAAGCUUUUAAAAUAACAUUUCGGUAUGGCCAUACAAAAUUCAUCAACAACAUUGGCCUGGGAAAGCUUAAUAUUUCCAUUGGUUUAACUGCACUGUCGUGUACACUGAGUCUGCGAGUCACUGAAAAAAAAACCUAUUAAACAUUCGUGGUCUGCUUGGCAAACUGUGGCUUGGCCUACCACAGUAUUCGUAUCAAGCGACAAGCGGUAUAUGUCAAUCUGUUUCCUAGAAACUUAGCAGGUUUUCUGGAAACUUUCGGCCUGUAUACAACUAAUAGAAAUUACAAAAGUGUAAAUGUCGAAACCGGUACCUGUUUAAUCAAUAUUUAAUUGGAUUCAAAAGCACCUCACCUCAUU